AUGCCUCAACGAGAGUAUAUCCCACGAAAAUACCAACUCCUUCAAGAGAAUGGUUACGCCCCAAAGACCCCGCAUACCUCUACAGAGGUAGCUCUGGAGUCUACUGACACGGAUUCUCGAUUCCUAUUUACAUUCCAGGCGGUUCGUCCAGGUCUCUUCAGAACGACCUUUUCCUCCAAAACUCAUCCACUCCCUCCUCAUCCUAGCACGCCCCGCCCAACAGUCGACUUCCAAGGCAUCAAACCCACCUCUGAAUCUGCCAGAUCGAAACACAUCAUCAACAUUGGCGAUAUUGAAGCCACUGUUGAUUGGAGCGACUCUCCAGUCGUGUCUCUGCAACUGGCAGGACAAGAGAAGCCAAUCCACCGCGACCUUCAAUUCCGAUCCUACGCCGUAGAUUCGUCCGGCAUUGCACAUUAUACCUUUUACAAGAGGGAUACAUUACACGUUGGAUUGGGAGAGAAGGCAGCUCCAAUGAAUUUGGCCAACAGGCAUUUCAUCCUCUCUGUGACCGAUUCUUUUGGAUACGAUGUUUACCGGACAGAUCCUCUGUACAAGCACAUUCCGCUUCUCAUCAACGUUACUCCGGAAGGAUGUGUUGCGAUAUUUUCCACAUCACAUAGUCGCGGGACAUACUCAGUAGGGUCAGAAGUUGAUGGGCUUUGGGGUCACUUCAAAGUGUACCGACAGGACUACGGCGGCUUGGAGGAGUACAUAAUGGUUGGAAAGACUGUGGAAGAUGUCGUCAAAAUCUAUGCAGAUCUCGUUGGAUAUCCAAAGUUAGUUCCGCGUUGGGCAUUUGGUUACAUCGCUGGUGGCAUGAAAUACUCUACCCUAGACGAACCUCGAGCUUCUGAUGCACUGAUGGAGUUUGCGGGAAAGCUAAAACAUUACGAUAUUCCUUGCUCAGCUUUUCAACUCUCAUCUGGAUACACUAUCGCUGAGACUGAACCGAAGACAAGGAAUGUCUUCACAUGGAAUCGACACAGGUUUCCAGAUCCAGAAAUGUUCGUUGCCGACUACCACGCCGAAGGUAUCCGAAUCAUCGCGAAUAUCAAGCCUUACAUUCUCUCAAGCCACCCCGAAUAUUCAAAACUUGCCGUUGCAGGUGCCUUUUUCACUGAUCCUCGGACAAAGAAGUCCGGUAUUGCGAGACUUUGGAGUGCUGGUGGUGGGGAGAGUGGCGAGGGUGGUCACAUCGAUUUUACAUCUGAAUUUGGCUUUCAGUGGUGGUAUGAGGGAGUCCAGGUACUGCGAAAGGUAGGAAUCGAAGGCAUUUGGAAUGACAACAACGAAUAUACUAUACCUGAUGACGAAUGGGAAUGUGACUUGAAUCGUGAGGAUCCUACCUCUGUUUCUAAUGUCGGAAACCAAGUUGGUCUGUGGGGCCGAAGUCUUCAGUGUGAGCUGAUGGGAAAGUCGUCUCACGAUGCCCUUGUCGAUUUUGAACCCGAAUAUAGACCAUUUGUUCUCACUCGAUCUGCAACUGCUGGAACGAUGAGAUAUGCUGCGAGUUCCUGGAGUGGAGAUAACAUGACGAGUUGGGAUAGCAUGAAAGGUCCACAACCAAGCCCAGAACUUCUCCUUCGAUGGAUCCAGCUUGGAGUCCACUCACCCCGCUUUGCCAUUAACUGCUUCAAGACUGAUGAGAAUGAUAACACCAUCGGUGGUGUCAUCGAGCCAUGGAUGUACCCUGAAAUCACCCCCCUUGUUCGAGACGCAAUCAAGCGACGCUACGAAUUAAUUCCAUAUCUCUACUCGCUCAUGCUGGAGAGUCAUAUGACAGCUUUAGCACCACAAAGAUGGAUUGGUUGGGGAUAUGAAUCAGACCCAGAGGUUUGGACACCUGAGGUUAUGCGAGGGGAGACUCAAUACUGGCUCGGAGAUACAAUUCUCGUUGGUGGCGUCUACGAAGCCGGAAAUACGACCGCAAGGAUGUACCUGCCAAAGUCAGAUAACGAUGACGGGUACCUGAAUCUCCAUGCCCCACAUCAAUCUAUCUCUUCGGGACAAUGGAUCGAUCUUGAAUCUCAAUGGAAAGACGGCAUCCCCCUCCUUGCUCGAGUCGGCGGUGCAAUCGUCGUCGGCCAAGACGUUCAAACCCGCUCACCAGGCGACAACAGAUUCCCUUCUGCCAACGUCGUCGAAGACGAUUACCGUGCACUUGAAAUCUUUCCCCCCGCGGGAACUUCGUCCAAAAUUUACUCAUACACUUGGUAUGAAGACGAUGGAAUCGCUUCGAAACUCCAACUCUCUACCUUUACUGUCAAGUAUAGCUCUACUGAUGAUGAAGUUCUUGUGGAGUUGAGUAAUGGAGAAGAUAAUAAAUUUGUGCCUGUUUGGAAAGAUCUUGAUAUCAUUUUACCGUUUGGGGAUAAGAGGACUAUUAUUACUGGAAGUGGUCCAUGCAGGAAAGGAAAUGAUAGUCGUGGUCGCUCUGUUUAUACACUAUAG